AUGAAUGCGCUGGAAAACUGCAUUAUAAUAGCAAAACACGAUUUCCCGGAGGUGUACCCCAGUGCUGAACGACCCAACGUUACCUACGUGAACUUAAAAUUUUUUGAAUAUUUGAACCUUACAGCAAGAAGAUACAGUCGUCGCAGCCCUAUAUAUUAUAUGGAGUUACAUGCUUUGACGCUCUUUACUAUUGAUAAUAGUGCUGUGGUUCACUUCUUCUACUACGAGUUCCUGUCAAACCGGUACAUGCCGACCUUCGUGGAAGCCCACGUCAAGAUGUGUGACAUGGAGAAGGAUGACUUCGUGAUCGGUGUCUCCAUGAGGAACGCGCUGCAGAAGAUGCUGGACCAGCAGCCUCCAGACCAGCGGGUCACUAAUUCUACACAUUGCCCGUAUCCACCGGGGAAAUACGAUCUUGUGAACAUGACGACUCCUCGUAGUCCUUUGUAUAGAAGCUUCCCGUUUCAAAAAGGACGAAUUUACAUUAACGUUACCGUGCACAAGGAACUAGUGGCUGAGAUGUAUAUUGAUUUGGAGAUCAAAAACUUUUAUUAA